CGAGAGCCAGAGACCGGCGCCGCGGGACGGAAGCGAGCGGGCGCGGGCGCCGCGCAGAUGGCCGGGGCGAGCAAGGUCUGAGGCUCCGCUCCCCGAAACGUGACCAUGUGGAUUCAACAGCUUUUAGGACUCAGUUCCAUGUCCAUCCACUGGCCGGGCUGCUCCCUAGGAAGCCAUGCUUGGAUACUUAUAGCCAUGUUUCAGCUCGCCAUGGAUCUGCCCUCGUGUGAGUCCCUGGGCCCGGGCCCCGACUUCCGGCUCCUGCCCCGGCCGCCGCAGCGGCCGCCCCGGCUGUGGAGUUUGAAGAGCGGACAGGCGGCGCGCAUCCCGGUGCCCGUGUGGAGCCCGCGCCCGGCCCGCGUGGAGCGCAGCCACGGGCAGGUGCCGAGCCCGCGCGCCAAACGGGCGCACAGACCCAGGGACCAGGUGGCCGCCCUGGUGCCCAGAGGGGGGCUCGCCAAGCCCCCAGCCGCUGCCAAAUCCAGCCCUUCCCUUCGCUCCUCCUCGACGUCCCCAUCCCCCGCAGUGGGCAGCGGGGCCACCACGGACCAGCAGGCCCUCCUGUGGAGGGAGAAGAGGCACCUGCAGGGGGCCGGCUUCAACAGUUUUGAUUUCCGGGGCAGCAGGCCCACCACAGAGACGGAGUUCAUCGCCUGGGGCCCCACGGGGGAGGAGGAGGCCCCGGAAUCCAACACAUUUCCAGGGCUCUACGGCCCCACCACGGCCUCCAUCCCACAGACACGGAAGACAACUGUGGCCACCACCACCGCCCCCGCCACCACGGCCACCUCCACGACGCUGCAGACUAAGGGGGUCACUGAGCCCCUGGGCCCCAGGAAUAGAAUCCCAGUUGGGGUUAGCACAACGGAGCCUUCCACCAGUCCUAGCAAAGACGAUGGUGAAGACGUCAAGCCCCCACGGAUUCUGGGGGAGACCUCAGGUCUGGCUGUUCAUCAGAUUAUCACCAUCACUGUCUCCCUCAUCAUGGUCAUAGCUGCUCUGAUUACAACUCUUGUCUUAAAAAACUGCUGUGCCCAAAGCGGGAACACGCGUCGGAAGAGCCACCAGCGGAAGAUCAACCAGCAGGAGGAGAGCUGCCAGAACCUGACGGACUUCACCCCUGCCCGGGUGCCCAGCAGCCUGGACAUAUUCACAGCCUAUAAUGAGACCCUCCAGUGCUCCCACGAGUGUGUCCGGGCGUCCGUGCCCGUGUACACCGACGAGACGCUGCACCCGACAGCCGAGUACAAAUCCACGUUUAACGGGAACCGACCCUCUCCUUCUGAUCGGCAUCUUAUUCCUGUGGCCUUUGUGUCUGAGAAAUGGUUUGAAAUCUCCUGCUGACUGGCCGAAGUCUUGUUUACCUCCUGGGGGCAGGGCAGACGCCAUGUGUCUGUUUUAUGGAUUCCGUUGGUGAACCUGUAAAAAAAAUAAAUAAAUAAAAAUUAAAAAAAAAAUUAAAACACACACACACACACACACACACACACACAAAACUUAAAACUAAACUCUCUACGGGGAGGGUCCCCAUACCUACCGCUUCCGUUUGCCGGUGGGACGCUCAAACAGCAGGACGCUAUAGGCCAAAUAUAUUUUUAUAAAAAUGCUCACGCCUAUGGGGGACUGCCUUCUGCCAGAGUUGUCUUUGGAGAGCAGAAAGAAGAAAAGCAAGAAAGAAGCUGGAGACAGAGAAGAAAGGCCAGCAGGAAGCACCUGGAGCCUGGGAUUUGAACUGAUUCUGAACCUUUGCCAAUAAUACCAUUAUGUGCCAUGUACUGACCCGAAGGACUUGGUGACCAAGGCGAAGCCAAGCGAACCACGUGUAGAAAUCUUACCGAAAACAGUGGGUGGGAAUCUUCCAAUAGAGUCGCUAUUUCUGGUUAAUAUACAUAUAUAAAUAUAUAAAUACACACAGACACACACACACACACUUUUUUUGUACUGUAGCAAUUUUUGAAGAUCUUCAAUGUUCCUUUUUAAAAAAAAAAUGUUAUCGGUUACAGAAUCUGAUUUAUUUAACAUGCUUAGUACGAACAGAAUAAACUGGUGUUUUCUACUUUGGCAACAUACCGCGCACACAGGAACACACACGCACACACACACACACAUGCAUAUAUAUGCAUAUAUUGGAAAUGCAGUUCCACGAGUGAGCAUAUUCCUUCUGGUGACCUGGUAUCCCAUGGCCAUCCAUCCCGGGGGACAGCCUGGACCCACGCAAAGAGACCCCUCAAUGACACAUCCUGCAUUCGCUGGUAUCUGGUGAGUGGCACUAAAUGUAUACUUUAUUAUCUUGGGCCAGAAUUAAGAAUGCCAUGGUUUUAUAUACAUACAUAUAUAUAGAGAGAGAGACACAUAAGUACGAUCUUUUUUUUUUUUCAUUUAAUCGUUUGAAGGAGCUACCUAACAGCCAUGCACACAUUUAUAUAGCCGGCUGCUUACAAAUGGGGCUGAGCGUCAGCUUGGGUGGGUGGUGGAUUCUUGACCAUCUUUGUGUUCUACAAGCAUAGACCGAAUUAAAGAAAGUUUUCCAGUUCCAAAAAUUAAAGGAAUAUAUCCUUAUAAUGUGUGUGCGUAUGUCAGAACAGAACUCAAAAAUACACAAGGGCCCCCGUUCGUUUGAGAAUGAGAAAUAAUUCCGCGUGCAAAGGAUCCAGGCUACUCCCACGGGAGCUGUGCCCUAUAGUGGGUUCCACAUUUGUCUCACACACGUUGCUGGACAAGUCGCUGCUCUUUCUAGAACCCAAGCCUGGCUUUGAAUCUUGGUGGGGACUGUAGCAAAGAUGCUGUCUCUCGCUGGUGCUGGUUGGUCAACAUCUGUGUUUUUGCCAUCAAGAAUCCUACAGUGGGGUUUUCCGGUGGAAAUAGGGGCUCGAGGCUGAAGCCUCGGGACAGGAAAUCCCAACCACACAUACUUCAUUAGAAAUGCUGCCAUGUCUGGGGCGGGCAGUUCCCUCCCAAUCCCGGCCACAUUAUGGCGCCCUGGUGCCCCAUCCUGCCGUGUAUAGGGGGCACUGUGAGGGAUGAGAGGCUCGUCGGACGCUGUUUUCUCCUCACAGGGAUCCCAGAUUAGGUGCUUGUGGCCUGCCUUCUAUGAAUGGCCCACGUGUGACUUUGAUUUCACCAGGAGGGUGUGGGAGCCCAUCUCGUGAAAUGCCCUGCAGACCAUGUCAAAAGGUUGAAGGUCGGGUGGGCAGCAAACCUUGUGCCCACUGACUGGCCAGGUUGGUGACCUCUUUCUUCCAUCGGGCUCAGUCUCCCUCUACAACACCUUUAAAACAUAGUUCUGCGCCUCUUGGGAUCUGGGAGACCAAAGCGAUGCCAGGGAAGGAAGAAACUGUAGUGCUAGGUCUGUGUUGUUUGGAAUUGCUCACCACAUGAGAAAGUCCGAUUUUUGGUUUGGGUUUUGGUUUUGUCAUUUCCCCCCCCCAAAGCUUCGGCACGUGUAGAGACUGCACACGCCUGCCACUGGCGUUGCCAGGUUCCUGGGGCUCACCUGCAUGGCGCUGGAAGGCACACUUCUCUCCGCCCAUCACCCCGCUCAUCCAUCUCAUUACCUUAGUGUUUUUGGAGGUGGCGCGGGGGCCUUCCUGACUCAGGUGGGCACAGCUUGGUGAGUGCAAGGCAAGGGCUGUCCAUGCCCGCCAGGGCAACGGAAGCUACUCUCUGCUCUCCGACACCCUGAGCUCCAGGGAGCCCGAGUGAGAAGGAGGUGAUGGCAGGGGGCCUAUUUGCUCACCGACAGCAGGAACCCGGGAUUCCUGAUGAUGCCACAAUUUGGCAUCCACCCCUCCCAUCCGACUGCUGCUCAGCCCCUUCCUCGGACCUCGGGCUGCACUCCCUACACCUGAACUCUUUCCAGAGCACCAUGUGAUGCUGAGCUUUCGAAGGAAGCUUAAAAUAACAGAGCCCCCCAGACACACACAGAGCCCCGCUGGGCAUGUGCUCAGGGCAGGGCCGGGCGCCACACACGUUUGCACGUUCCCCACCAGGAAGUCUGCUCUGAGCUGAGAUCUGUCAAGACAAAUCCACCUCGGGGAAGGCUACUGUUUCAGGAUGAUUGAGGGAACGUGUGUAGGGAUUUUAGCUUUUAAACUGUCACCUGGAAACGUGGAAGCAUCAUCUCUGUACAGGGGAUGAUAAAGGAAAGCGAGCAGGCUUAGGAAUUCAGUUCUGCCCGUGACAACGUCUAUAAGGUGAGACUGGGCAGGCGUUUCCGGAGUGAGGCCCUGGGCACGCAGGUCCGGGCAUUCUGUGUGUCCAUGUGGAGGCUGUGUCCCGGCCAUCUGUCCGCAGUCCGGGGCCACGCUCUGCUUUGGCCUCUGCUCUCCUCAGCCUCCCUCCAUCUGCCGGGUCCUCACGUUUGCUGUAGAUUUUUUUGGCCCUCAACAGAAGCACUCAGAGGAAGAGCAUUAUAGUUUGGUAAGUCCCCCAAUUUUUGUCCACCUCCAUCUCAUCCCUUCAGUGACUGAAAUCCAUGGUUGUGGCCCCUGCCACACACAGACCACUGCCCAUCUUCUACCGUGAAAACUUUUGGAACAAUUAGGCUGGGUGUUGGGGACUCUGCUGUCCAGCCCAGCCUCUUUCUAGGCUUAAUUACUUCUAAUCUUUGUGCAUUUGUCAUUUUUAUCUGGUUGAAAUAAUGGGUGUAAUUACUCUGUUGACAAGUUCUGAGUGCCUAGGGGAAGGGGCUCCAGGCUCGGCCGGGAAGUCUUCCUGGGCAUUCCCCACUGGGCUCGGCUUCCAGCAGCAUCCAGGGCAAAGCCGGGCCGUGUGCCCACCGCAUCUUCCUCCUCGGUUGCAGCCUGCUCACACUCAGUGUGGAAGUGUGGGGACCCCUCGGGCAUGUUGGAGGGCUGUUAGUCUCCAUAGUCGGUGUCCUUCCUGUGUGGGAAGUAAACACCUCUUAGGAAGCCUUGGUUUCUCCCAAGUAUUUCUGGUCCUUCCCCAUCCUGAGUUGGGUGGACAUCUCUUGCUGCAUUUGACUAGAUGUUUAUCUCAGCCCUCCAUGUAGAUGUUUAUCUCAGUUCUUCAUGGAGCAUUUGAAACUCAGAAGCCUGGACUUAUCAGCAAAUCCCACCAACUCUGAAUUUGACCCCUAGGAAUUCAGUAGUUACCCCAUGACCUUGACGUCUUUGAGCACUCUUCCUUCUCACAGAUACAUUGCUCUUUCUCAGCCACAUUUCAGCCUCAGGCAGAAUCUUCUGUAUAGGCUUUUUAGUCUUCAGGAAUUUUGUGUGAGGAUGUCCAUUCCCAUUUGUCAUAUUAAGAAAAGCACAUAAUGGAGAAUUGACCCUUUUGCCUUGUAAGGUCUCCAUGUGACUCUUACUGCCCAAGGAGUUACUCCACCUUUUUUUUGCUUCUUCUCCCAGAUGGUCCAGUAUCAUCAGCAGCUCAGGAAGCUGGGCUGACCCCAGUCUCUUGGGAGAUAAGACGAGGAGCCAGGGCUGGGACCUGCAGCCCUGUCAGGUCUGGUUGGAUCUUCCCAUGACUUUCAUCUCAGCGCAUGGCUUCAGUACAUACCUUUCUUUGUCCAUACUGUGACACCAUCAUGUCUCAACAGGGAGGUCCCAGCAUGAGUGAGUGUCAGCACUCCCUCGAGGUGUCUGCUCCCCGCCCUGUCUCCACCGAGUCACCCCACACAUCACAGUGGGGAAGGGCGCUGUGGUCAUUCUUCUUUCACUGCAUGAGUCCCUUCAGAAGACACUACUCACAGAUGCAGUUGGAAGAGAAGCGAUUCUUUGUGGCUUGCCAGAACUUGCCAUUCAUCUGCUCAUGCCAAGACUUGAACUCCUGUCACGUUGGCCACAUGGUCCUGCCCUCAUGGGUUUUACUUUCUACUCUAGGAGGAGGCAGAUAAUUAACAUAGAAGCUAAAAACAGUGAUUUCCAGAGAGAGGGAUAAGUGAUAGGAAGAGAAUGGGGCAAAGUGAUGGCAGGAAGAGAAGAGAGGGCUGUCCGCAUCUCCUGGGAACUGUCAGUUGCUCAACGAGGGCUGGCCUGAGGUUGAAGAGAAUAAGGAAGCCUUGCUCCUACCUCCCGGCUGAAAAUGCAGUGCAGUGCCAAGGAGGAGAUGCCCCAGUCAUUACAAACCAUCCACCUUGUUUCCCACCAAACCCCUCGUCAUUCUAGACAGGAGUGGCCCUGCAGGGGAGGCAGGGAGGCGAGGCGAUGAACUUCUCUCUUCCUCGAGUGCUGCCUCUCUCCAUGGACCCCUUCCCGUGCACAUACAUACAUUGUCGAGUCUUAGCUAGGUCAACCAAUUCUCAAGGAAGACUUGGGAAUCCAAGGACAGAGACACAGCCCACAGGGCCCUGGGAGCCCCAGGGAGAGUCAUCCCUCCUGGUAAAGAAGAGAAGGCAGCUGCCUUUUCCAAAGCUCACCCUCAAUACUGAUCACACUUAGCAACGUACUUCUUAAACAACAUCUGCUUUUAAGUAAGCAGAUACUCCAAAACACACCAUGAUUCAUGUAAUUUUGGAAUGGUUAUUUUGGUGCAGUUUGUCAAUUUGCUAUGCCAUACUGUUUUUUGAUCGUUUGUUUGUUUUCCAAUGUAAAUAGCACAGCCCACAUAAAUGAGCAAAAUUCUCACCAUCUGAGUUUUUGAUUAUUCUUCCUGACUUAUUUUACAUCGAUGUGCUUCCGGCUAUGAAGACAAACUUGCUCUUCAUCCCCUGCUCUGAGCCAAGAUUUGUGUGUUAGUUACACUCAGCACAAUUCGUGGGGUUUUGGCGAGGUCUUAAAUAGCUGUUUGAUAGUUUGAAAUAUGCUACCAGCCCUUCCUUCCGAAAAGUGUGGAGCAUGGUUGUGCAUAGUUUUGCCUUUCUGGGGUUAGCGUUUGCAUUCGGGUGUAAGGAGUGGGUAAAUAGAGGUGUAGGCAAAGAACCAUCAUUGUUUAGAUCACCCCAGCCAUCAAGCCAACAGAAAUAGAUUUCUUUUUGAACUCAAAUGAUUCUAGAAAGAUUUCAACCAGCAAACACAAGAUAGCCAAUUUCUGGAAUUCAGACUGGUCACUGUGUGAGCAGGCAAUCCCUGGCUAGGGAUUCAACUCUGCACAUUCUCCCCUCCACUCCAUUUCGCUUUGGCUGGAGGGGGCUAAACAUAGAGGCUGCAGCAGGAGCUGCAAGAGGACGGAUGCUUGUCAUGGGCUCUUUAAGGGAGUAGUGCACGGACAGCAAGGGCGUGGUGAGGGGCUUCUGUCCAUGGAUUUUCAGACACCAUGCCAGUGACAGGUCUACACCCCACCCUUGUAAGUGCACAGCCCAUGGCCAGUUGUAAAGGCAACUGAAGAGAAUCGUCAACUUGGUUAUAAUGUAUGUCUGUGUUGGAGCUAGAAUGCUAAAACAAAUCUUUUGAGUAGCUCCAUCGUAUGUCCCACUUGAUGGAUUCCUUGCUAAAUGCUCCAAGAGUUAGUGUGCAUAGACUCAAGAGAAUAGUUUUGAAUGAAUCCAUAAAUCUAAGUCAUGUAUGGGACAACCUCAGCUUAAGAGACAUGGUUUAAACUGACCAACCUUGCAUAUCUGGGACGUAUAGGUUUAUGAGAACUUGGGGUUGGGGCAGUUUAAACAGCUAGUGAGUAGGGGGGUGAGGGUCAGUGAAUGUAUAAAUAGUCAUGUUAUCUCUUCUGUGUAGGGUAGAAUCAGAACACACAUAUACCAUGAAUAGUGUAAAUUAAAUAGGUUAAUAUAAUAAGCCUAGAGAGUUGCUAAGACAUCCCCUGGGGCUGAGUUCACUCUUGCUAAUAUCUUGAAUCUCACAGUAAAACAUCUGCUGAGUAAUAUGUGGUGGGAAUGAUGCAGAGGAUCGGAUUGUAGGAAAUUCUGUUUGAAAGUUAAUUAGGUUUGUCCCAAGUGGUCUCUCUCUUAAAAUAGGAUCCCCUGGAGACCUGGAUUUUCACACAAAAUCAACAUGUAAAUAUCUGCAACACCAAAUAACAAAUCCCUACAAGCUUCAUUCUUAUGUGGACAUUAACUCAGCUGAUCACACUGUCUAGAUUUUGUCAAAUUUCUGAAAUUCUGCAAUAAAAUGCUUUAGUGUUGAUGCUUAUAGCUUUUGGGUUGGCAACUGUCCUUCAUUUGUCAGUUCAUCCCAGUCUUGCUGAAUCUGGCAAAUUAUUGCUUCCAGAGAAUCGGGGAGUACUUUAGCCUUGGGAGAAGCAAGAACACUAUGCAGUACUAACAUCUACUUUUGGGCACCAUCGUGUACCAUGAAGACUUGUAGCUACAAAAGUCUAGGAAGGGGGAACCCUCUGAGGGACCCUCGUAUAAUUAUUUCAAAUCAUUAUGCAGGGAACCAUAAAGGCAGACAUAUACCACCCUCCUGGGCCACUGUCCCAUUUCUAAGACAACCAUGUGUCCUUCACUCUGUAACCAUUGCAAGCCAAAAGGGCCAAUUUCAAAGCCAUUGUAACAUCCAACCUCCAUUUCCAAACUCUGAGAGACCAUCAGGAGUAGGCGAGAGGGGCUUUGCUGAAGUCGUAGCUGCUGAAAUCCACGGAAGGGUGUGACAGCAAGCCCAUAGUACUGUUCCUGGCCAGGUUUUGUGAAGCACCACUGCCACCAGAAGGGACCCUCCCCAUCUGCCUCCAAAGUCUAUUUUGGUCUGGGAGCUCCACUCUGCAUUUUCCUGUCUUAUGCAUAUAGAUUUCUAAUAUGUUAUGUGAGGGCUUACAACUUAAGGUCUAUAAAGCAACAGGAGUGUUUUCCUUGAUGAGUUUACAGCAGGAAAACACGAACUUAACAUGGAAUUCCUGGAGAGGACAGGUCUAAGGUGCUCUUAGGUACUACGCCACUUCUGCAUAGAAGCCCAACUGUUCUCCUGGUGAAGGGCAUUAAAGACAGGGAUGGGCAGCUGGUUUUGAAAAGUCAGCUGGCAUAGCAGAUCCCACAUUUGGUCACACACUCCUUGAACUGAACUGUCAUGACCUACAGACACUUUAAAAAAAUAGGCCUUUUGUUUGCUUUUCACUGCAUUUGGAUUGCUUCCUCAGAAGGGUGAAAGGUCCUUAACAAAGUUGGUCCUCAGUCAGCUGACCAGAGAAUAGAUCCUUAAAGAUGAAUUCCCAGCCCAAGAUGACAUGGAAUGGCUUGAGGUUCAGCGAAUGUUUCAGAGACACGCCCCACCCCGUGUUUGUUCUGCUCGGUGGGAAGACAGAACAACAUCCAUGGUAUCCGUUGCUCCCUGAAACCCUCACCAGUCAUGGUGAAAGGGACAUGUGGGAACUUGUGAAGUUUUGGAAUGAAAAAGAGAUUUGGGGGAAACAUGUGACCAGCUUUGGGCUGCAGGUAAUUGUUUUCUUAAAGACUAGAGUUUUGUUUUGUUUUCCCUUUCUUCUGGCAGCCCUGUUUGGAUCAUUUCCUUCUCCCACCUUCCCUGCAAAAGCAAGAUGGCGGGUGCUGGAGCCCAGAACUCGGUUACCCUUCAGUUAAAAUGACUCAAAUGAAUAGCAGAACAGUAACAACAAAGCCUUCCCUGAGCUUUAACAGCCUCAACUUGUCAUUUAAGUUGUUUAAGUUUACUUAACUUUGGAUUGAGGUAUGGAUCAGCAAGAGAUUAAGUCUCCCUACACAUGUUAUUGAUCAGGACUCUUCUCAAACACGAGUUAGACCCAGAAGUGUUAAACUGGACAUGGGAGGAAGCAUGGAUCAUAUUUUUAAAUUAUUUUUACAUUUUUUUUUCCCAGAAGGAGUAAAUGUUUACUGCAAAACAUUUAGAAACUAUCAAUAACCAAAAGGAAGGGAAAUAUCUGAAACCCUUCAACUGUUGUUUCAUUUAAUGGGAAACAGUUUGUUCAACGCUGAACCGGUGGGGACCAGUGGCAGAGAUCUGUCCACGGUUGCACAGUCGAGUCAACAAAUCUGGCUCCUAUAUAUGUUUUAUACAAAAAAAUCGAAUUAGCUUUUGAAUGCCUCUUUGCCGGUUUAACUUGUCACUGACUAAACUCACCAUCGAUCAUUAGAAUGCCACUAGGAAAGGAAAAGGCAGUCAACCAUUUGGAUGUUUUGCUUUCAAGUCAUUGGGCACACCUGGGCAUUAGGGUGGCGUAAAACAGAAUACCCAGAGAAACAUCCAGAUUAUUGGCUGGAUUUUUCACAUGGGGCAUCUAUGUGACACACGUCUGGGAAACAGAGGGAUCCAUUUCCAUUUCCCACAUUCCUAGUGCAUCUGAAUAACACUUGAAUUUGCCAGGUCUAGUUACAUACGUUUAAAGAUGGGCCCAUCUCUCUCCUCCUCCUCCCCAGCUCACCCAUGGAACUGGAAAAUCCACAGACCAUGAACCUGAACCACAGGACGAGAAAUUAAAUGCUGAUGGCCACAGUGGCCUAUUUUCACAGGUUUUAAGUUAAAUGUUGUAGAACUUUAUUUUUCCCCCUUUCCUCAUGUAUAGUAAAUCUGGGUUUAUUUUGAUUUUCCUAAAUUAUUUUCUGAUACAAUAAACUGUUAACUGUUUAUUUAUACUUUUACAUGGAGCACUUGUUAUUUUUCAACAGCAAAACAGAAGCAUCUCUGUUUAAGUGUUAUACAUAUAUCUAUACCACAGCUGUCCUUAUAGACAUAUUUAUAUGCCAUCUUCUUGAAAGUUAAACUAUUGUAGUUUACUGUUGUGUUUUUCUUUAAAUGCAUACCAUAAUCAUGUUAAUAAACAGAAAUGACAUGAUAUAUUUGAGUGGGGGUGGGGGGCUGGGUGUGAUUUCCAUACAGGUGAACUUUUAUUCUAGAUUUUUUUAAGUUGUUUCUGUAUCUCAAAGCUAUGUAUUUGGAAAACAUUGUACAUGCAACACCUAUAUUAACUUUCCUGUGUAUAUUUAGUACUCUGAUGU